GGCGCGUCGCAGUCCAAGCAUUAAUAAAUACGACUUUGAGACGUGGAGACAAACAGAUACCUUGGUUAUGGAGAUGGAGAAAAACGAACAUAAAUCAGAAAGUGGGGAAGGUAACACCAUGUUCCAUUGGCCAGUUUGUAGAGGUGAUAUGGAGGAAGUGAACGAACCUAAAUCAGAUAGUAGGGAAGGUAACACAGAGUUCCAUUGGGCAGUUUGUAAAGGUGAUAAGAAGCUAGUGAUGGAAAUGCUUAACCGAUACAAUAAAGAGGAAAUAACAAAAGAUUUAACUACCUACGCUACUGGACGUAAAUUUGCACAGACUGUUAUGCUCGGUGAACUACCGCUCUUCACAUCGGCCUUGUCCUUCAACAGAGAUAUGUUGGAUAUACUGCUGAACGCAGGAGCUAAUUUAUACGCAACAAAUACAAAAGGCGACAAUAUAUGUCAUGCACUUAUACAGUACGCUGGUAUGUACCCAGAUAAGGAAUCUGAUGUGAUUGAUAUGCUUGAUUAUAUCAGCAAUGAAAAAGAAGAUGAAACUUGCGAUAUCCCGCUGUGCAAAAUGAAAAAUGAAAAACAGUUCACUCCCCUUGAGCUUUCCAUUCAAUAUGGACUUAGCAAAUCAUUCCUAGCGAUAUACAACACAAAGCAUUACAAAAAACAGAUCGAUGCUUGUCUUAUUGACAUUAAAAGGUACGACAUAACUGUCCUAGAACCCAUUGUUCAGGACGAUCCUUUUUGCAAAUCCCGGGUCUGUUUUCAUGAUGGAAGAACGAUUGACACUGAAAAGGCUGAGCAAAACAAUGCACAGAGGAAAAGCAAAGAUAAUACCACCAAUGAACAAAAUACCACAGCAGACAGGGAAAAAGACCAAGUGGCUUCUCAGUCUAUCCUGUACCUACUGUUCGACAUCCCUCCUUCCGAUGCGCUGUCGUUUUUGUUGGCACCGAUGGUUAAGCGCCUAAUAAAGCUAAAGUGGGAAUAUUACAAAUGGUUUAUCUGGCUGUGGUGCUUUCUUCAUUUCAUAUUUGUUUGUUUCUUAACAUGGUAUGCAACCUCAAGGGCGGUCCAACAAAGCAACACUUUUACUGGUACGUUUGAUGUAUCAGUUUCUCCUACGUACAUGAGGCGGGUAUUUGAGGACAAGAUGUUGACAGGUUUUGCAGUUUUUAGCCUUAUAUGGGGAAUGGUGUUUUUGAUUCCAGAAGUAGCUAAAUGGAUAAAACUUGGUUGUCCUUGUUGCCGACAGACGUUCGAAUGGAACAAAAUUAUCAAGUUAAAUCCGUACAGUAACGUAUCACUUAGAUUGUUGCUCUCCCUGUUUUCUCUCAGCCUGAUUCUUGAUUUCUGGUUAACCCUAAUAAACCACUACGGGUCGAGUUUUCAGUAUGAUAACUUCUGCUUGUAUGUAUCUGUGAUAAUUGGUUGGCUGUUUCUCAUCUUCCUUAUGAGAGCAUUCAAGUACUUCAGCUUUUUUGGAGUUAUUCUGCAUAAAGUCAUGUUGGGCGAUGUUAUCCGAUUUGUAGUCAUUUUCACAUUGAAUGUGUUUGGUUUCGGCACUGCGAUGUUUAUGGCCCUUCAAGGCUCCGGUGCUAUUGACGACGAAAACUACAGCACCUAUAGACGCACGUUAUUAUCGAUGGUUAAACUCAUUGGUGGUUUAGGAGACGUUCCAAACUUUUAUGAAACUAGGUAUCCAGAAAUAUGCAUUGUUAUCUUUUUCGUCUAUGAAAUCAUGACAGUUGUUGUCAUAUUGAACGCCCUUAUAGCAUUGAUGAGUGCAACUUGCACAGAACUAGUAGGAAAUGUUAGAAACGACCAUCCACAUGAUCGUUAUUGGCAGCUUGAUCUUUUGGCACUCAUCCUCUAUCUUGAGGGCUUCUUUCCCGAAUGUCUCACCAGAAGGGUAGGAGAGGAAAUAGAUGGUAAAAGAAUUCUCACUAUUAGAUCGUUGGUAAGCCGUUUUGAACAUGAACUGGACAGAGAUAACAAAAAUAAAAAGGAAGACAGGAAACCGGAAGAUAAAAAACUUGGUACAGAGAAAGUCCAUCCUGUCAAAGCAAACAGCAGACCCAAUACAGAUAAUCGUAGAAUAGAUGUUUAUCAUAUAAAACGUUGUGAUCGUUGCCUUUAUGAGUCAUGAGGGCAGUAGUGAUGCCCUAUUCAGAACGAACGCUCCAUAACUCCGCUUCAUUGGUUGUAUUUAGAAUUUGAAUACACUUUUGAAGUAUGCCAUGUCAUAGAUUUGUAUCUUGAGUGAUCAUUUUGUAUGCUCGUGCAUGUAUUGUAUCUUGCGUUAUCAUUUUGUAUGCUCGUGCAAGUAUGGUAUCUUGCGUUAUCAUUGUGUAUGCUCGUGCAUGUAUUGAAUCUUGCGUUAUCAUUUUGUAUGCUCGUGCAAGUAUGGUAUCUUGCGUUAUCAUUGUGUAU